AUGUCCGACUCGUCGUCCAGUCUUUCCUCGCCGCCCGCGAACCCUCAGAUCGUUGGUUUCCUCUGUGAAGUGAUCAGUCAUCUCGGCAACAUCACCACUCAUCUCGAUGCAAUGAAUGACCCUCUUAAUACUCUCGAGGCCACUUUUCGCGACCAUGACCAGCACUUAGCCCGUAUUGACCGACGUCUUACCAGCCUGACCGCUACAACAACCAACCUCCAUACUAGAGCCCUCAAUUCCAGUGCUUGUGCGUCAAGUUCGGCCCUCACCCCUCUGGUCAGUCCAGUGACUGGGGCCGCCAUCCCCGAUUUCCCUCGCACCUAUGGUGAGGUUCAGCGACUCAACGGUAUAUACCUCGAUCUUCUUUCCCCGUCGCUACUUAAUGCUGAUUUCUUUAUUGCAGCUCGUGAGCUUGGCGGCCUUCUACGAGCCCUCAAUCUGCGCGGCGCUAGAACUGCUGAGAAAAAGCGAGGUGACUUCAUCCGCGCGAUUGGCAUCACCAAGUUGGCCCGCCCUGAGUGCUUUUUCCAGGUUAUAGCAUUCUGGAAUGGAGUUUGGUGUCGUCGGUUCAAGAAAACAAUACCCAUUUUGUGGUUGGCUAUCAAUUUAGAUAGAACUAUACCCAAGGAACAAUGA